AUGCAUUUACGAUCGUUCGGUCGACCGGACAUUCGUCGUGAACCACGUCGCAUUUUCGGAUGGACAUUAGCACGGUGGCUGCUUCUCUUCUCCAACGUGGUGUUACUACUUUAUGGACUCUUUUUCGUCAUCGGCUGCCUUAUAACGUAUGCUAAAGGAUACCAACGCGCAAUUGUAAUCGUUGUUGCCAAUCGAGAUAUCCUGGCUGUAACCUUUACGGCCGCAAUGCUGGCUGUAGUUACAUCGAUUGUCGGUCUAGUCGGGGUGCGAUGGAAAGAUCGCCGCAUACUGGGAAUCUACGUACUCCUGCUGUGGCCCUGCUUUGCACUCCUGUCUGCGGUCGGGUAUCUUUCGUACAAGGGCGAUGUCUGGAACCUUAGGGCCAAGCUCGGCAUGCAGUGGCGAUAUGACUUUUCCCCACAGGAUCAGGUCGCUCUGCAAGAUAAUCUACAUUGUUGUGGUUUCGAUAACCCACAUGAUCAUGCGACCUACUACGACCGAUGCUGGCCAGAGUCGCUGCUACCGGGCUGCGACUACAAGUUCUACCUCUUUGAGCACUAUUUCUUGGUAAAAACCUACACGACAACGUUCUGUCUCAUUCCGGUGCAUAUCCUGAUUAUCCUGAUAUCUCUUCUUUGUUCGAACCAUGUGGAUCACUUGUUCGGCACUCGGCCUCGCCCACACAUUGCAUAUUUGGGCCGAUUCCACGACUGGCGUGAUUGGGAGCGGGAUCAUAAUAACCGACUCUUAAAGGAGGGCUGCCACCACCACGGCGACGCUACUGAAAAACCAAAAAACGAUUCUGUACUGACGCAUGCAAGAACAACGUGUACAGAUCGUCAUCAGAUCAUAACACCUCGUCAUUCUUACGAAAAAAGUUGA